ACUCUAUCCAUCCAAACGCCUGCAGGCCCUCCAUUGGCUGGAUUCAGCGUGGGCGGGGUCUGUUACCUGGGGCAACGGCAACAACAAGCCUGCUUCUGCUGGGCAAACGGGCGGGGGUGGGACCAUGGCUGGUCGGACCCUAGCUCUGUGCUGUGGCCCUCCCUGGCCCCCCAUCUCUGGGACCGAGGUGCCUGGAUCCGGGCCCAACUGGCACCUUACCAGCAGUGGCGUCGCCCACCACAUUAUCCCAUCCGCGCCCUUUUCCCCGCCUACUGUGCAGGUGAGAGGACCCUAGGCUCCUCGCCAAAUGGAACCUAGAAGCCCAGACUCCUGUGUCUGAAGGAGGGGCCUAGGAAACGAGACAUCUGCUGAAAGAAAAGGGGAUUGGGGGCUUGGACUCCUGACUGAAGUAGGAGGGCCCCGGAGUCCUGAGUCUGACAGAGAAGGAGCCAGGGAACCUGGAUGCUUAGAACUGAAAGAGGAAAAGGCUGGGAACAGACUGGGAGAGAGGGAUAGAGAGCCGGACGCCUGAGUUUUUUUAGCUGACAUCCCUCGCCUUCUGCCCAGUCCACGCUCGCGGAGCCCCUGCCCCCGGCCGCAAAACAGGACUUGCACGUCUGGGCUUUCGACGAGGUCAUCAGCAGAUGGGAGACAACCUCCGGUUCGGCUCAGGUGCCCAAAACUCACGGCGGGCCCUACGCUCAGCCCAGGGCCCCAGAGCCUGCGAACCCCACGCGGACUAUGGGAAUCAAGGACUUAGGGGAAAAGCUCAGACACCAAGCCUGGCGCCUCCCUCUGAUCACAAAACACCAGUGCAGUGAGACGAGGGCGCAGUACACCGGCUGGCCCGGCCUGGACCAGAGUGCCACCUAUGUUGGGCCCCAGUCCCUGGAACUUGCGGACCACCACCGCGCGAGCCCUUCACAGGCUCUAAUCCCCUGGAUGAAGAAUCCCCGGCUGGCCGGCCGGCCUUUCACAGUAUAUGACCAGGGGAUCCUGGGCUGCCAUCAGCUCUAUAUGACAACCUCGGCCCGGGAUUUCCGGGCCUACACGAAGAAGGAGUUGUCUGGAUACCCCCGUAAGGACUCGCUGAAAUACUGGAGCUUCGAGGAGACGCCCGAGGCCUGGGGCCACGGCCCCCAGCGGCCACCCUGUCCUCUCUCAUCUCGGCUGCCUCGGAUCCGCAUUCCCCGUGGCCCGGUCACGCCAGCCGUACCGCACCGCGGGGCGCUGUCUCUGGUUCAGGAGUCUUACAGGUCCCCGCUGCAUCCACUCCGCGUGCUUGACCGUUUCUGUCCGAUAGAGCUGCCCUGGGGCGGCCCCCACUGGAAGCCGGUGCCGGGAAUUUACAGCGUGCCGCAAGCCUACCGCACCGAGAACUCCAGCUACUGCAGCUUGAAGCCCGCGCUUGUUUGAGCUGCCUGGCUAGCCCCGCCCCCAGAC